ACCUAAAAUAGAUUUGAAAAUUCGGAGGAUGUUUUCAUAAAGUUUCACCAUAUUAGUGUUAUUAUUGACGAUAAACUCUCAAAAUUCAGUCCAGAGAAGAAAAUGGGUUCUGCAAUAAGAGGGAAACUUGUUAGUACCUUGUUGAAGAAACUUAGUAGAAUGCAGGAGGAUGGAAUAAUGUGUGACUUAAUGAUUCAUCUCCAAGAUGGCAGUGACUUCCAUGCACAUAGACUGCUAUUCUGUGCACUGAGUGACCUUGUCAUGGAUACAUGUGCAUCCUUACCCCCAGAUCAUAUUGUAGACCCAAAAUCAUCAUGGAUUCUUGAUUUCUCAGGGACAGGAAUAAGUAUGAAUACAAUGUCAAUUAUAGUAGACUAUGUCUAUGGCAGAGACACAAAAUUGAAUAAGGAUGAUAUAGAUACAGUUAAACAAGCAGCAGAGUUGCUUGGCAUGCCAACUGUUAUAGCACUCUGUGAGAAACAAGAAAAGAUGGCAGCUCAAAGUACAUUUGAUGAUAAUGAACAGAUUGAGGAUGAUGAUCCUGAGUUUGUAGAACCUACUGCUGCCUUUGAUAAAGUGGAGGUGACUCCAGGAGGUCGGCCAAAGAGGAAGAGGAAGUUACCUUCAAAAUUUUCAGGGGAUAAUAUGUACAUUGUUGGUGAGGACUUGCAAAGACAUUUUAGAACAAAGAAAGCUACAGAAGACAAAAGUACUAGUGAUAGAACUACAGAGACUGACAAUAGUGCCAAAAAUACUCAUGAAUCUCACCCCCAAACUAAAACUCUGAAUGCACAAAGACCUACAGUUGAUAAUGUAGUCUUAAUCAAUAACAUUCAGCAUGAAAAUACUGUUGAAGUUUCAAUCAAACAAAAUGAUCAAACCUAUAAUGAGAAUGUACAGGAUAAUGACACAAGUGGUAAUAUGGAUGAAGAUAACAAUGCUAAUGAGAUACCUGUAGUUGUAUUGGUGGAAGAGGACCUCAAAACUUUGCAGGCUGAAGAUGGUGAUAACAUUUUUGAAGUCGGGCAAGAUGAUGAUUCUGAUGUGGAAAAAACAAGUAUCAUCAAUGUGUCUGCCUAUUCCCAAGAGGUUAAAAUUCCAAACACAGGAGAACCAGUGGUAAAAGGAAAUGGUAACGAGGAAGAAAGGACACCAGUUGCAGACAUUGAGGAAGAAGGGGUAGACAAAAAGAAAGAAGGGGGAAGUAAAGGAGAAAGUGUUGAAGAAGGGGAAGCUACGACUGGCACUAAUGAGGGCACAAUUCAAGACCCAGACCUUGAAGAGUUGAAAACUGGGGCAGGGAAGCCAGGGAGUUAUUAUACGUGUGAGGUGUGCGGAUCACGCUUCAAACAAUCCAGGUACUUGAAAGAACACAUCAAGAACACACAUAGUAACAAGCAGGCAUAUUAUUGUGAGGACUGUAAUACAUUCUUUAAAAGAUUGGACCAAUACAGACAACACAUGGCUCUGCAUCUAGGGACAUUCAAGUGUGAAAAGUGUGGUAAGGUGUUCUCUAGAAGGAGGCGCCUUGAAGACCACAUUCCAAAGUGUAAAGGAGUAAAGAUUCUCUCAACAAAGAGACCUCAACUGUACUGUGACAAGUGCGAGAAACUUUUCCUGUCAUUUGUCUCUCUUAACAAUCACAUAGAACGGGAGCAUAUUCAAACGCAACCAGAACACCAACCUCCUGAUCAGCCACAAGAUGAAAACCAGACUAAUGACACUAACGAGGAAACAGCCGAUGAGAUUGAUAAGGUUGCAGAUCUCCAUAACAACUCUGAUUCUGUUGAACCAACUCCAGCUCCUUGUGCUCCCAAGAAUGUCCAGAAAUGCUCCAUAUGCAAUCUUAUAUUUGGCAGCAUUACUGGUUUGACUACUCAUAUGCGUUCAGAGCAUUUUGGUAUAAGGUAUGAAUGUGAAAAGUGUGGCUUGUAUUUCGAUAUGUCGAAUGCUCUGAAGUAUCAUCAUAGACAAGAUGGGGGCUGUAAAUUUGAAAGAGCUUCUGAGGGUUCUGAUCCUUUCCUGACCUGCCAAAUGUGCCAGGUAGUCUUCCCAGAGAGAGGAUCCCUACAACGUCAUAUGAGAUACCAUGUAGAUAAAGACAAGCGUACAUGUGAGGAUUGUGGGCAGUUAUUCUCAAGAGUGGAUCAGUUGAAUGAACACAGGAGGCUACAUAAGAUGAAUUUGAAGUGCACGAUAUGUGAGCAGUGCUUCACCAGACCCGCACGACUUAGGAAACAUCUCAGGGAACAACAUAAAGAUGUACCUGAUUACUGUCCAUGUGUCUCGAGUGAAUCACACACAUACCCAUCAUGUUCCAUCCACUUUCCUGGUGAACAGAUUCAUGAGUGUGAAAUAUGUGGUAAACAAAUAAAGGGAUCAAUGUCUAACUUUGAACGCCACAAGAAGUCACACGAACAAAAGGAAUAUGAAUGCAAAACAUGUGGCAAAAUUUUCGACAAAUAUGGUCCAUUUUAUGAUCAUGAAAAGACGCACCUGGAAAAGCCAUAUGAGUGUAGCUAUGAGGGAUGCAAUAUGGGCUUCACACAGAAAUAUAAACUGAGUGUCCAUGUCGCUGCUGUUCAUAAUAGGUCACGCUUUGAAUGUGAUGUGUGCAAUAAAAGGUUUGGCACAGCAUACUACCUGAAGCUACACAAGAAGUGUCACACAGAAGAGGAAUGGUACAAGUGUGACCACCCAGACUGCGAUAAAAAAUAUCGUAUGAAGGCUUCCCUAAAGAUGCAUCGUAUAACGCAUGGCACAGAGAGACCAUACAACUGUAAAUUCUGCAAACGUGGCUUCUGGCAGAAGGUUAACAUGAUUCAGCAUGAGAGAGUGCACACUAAUGAGAGACCUUUUACGUGUAACAUGUGUGAUCGUAGCUUCAAAUUUAAGAGCCAGUUAACAUCACACCAGAGAUUCCACUCGGGAGGUGACGAAGAAAACUUACGCUGCAGCACAUGUUACAAGAUCUUCUCCUCUAAGUCAAGCCUCACUGCUCAUGAACGUAUCCACACUGAUGGUCGUCCUUAUCAAUGUGGAAUGUGCUAUAAAUCAUUUCAGAGGAAGGACCAUUUAGUGCGUCAUGUUCAGGCUUGUCAAGGUGUCACUGACAAUCAACUGGUUCUCUCAGCGGAUGUUAGCCAAAAUGGAGAAAUUGUGUUGUCCACUGAAGGGAAUCAGCAAACUGAGUUAAUCCUCGCAGAUGCUAAUCACAGUGUGGGUGAUACCUCUAACAUGGUCAGUAUUAUUCAGCCUGAGUCAUUAAGUGAUACAAACAAUAUCCAAGUUGAAUUAGUGAAUCAGGAGGACAUAAAUGCAGAAGCUGUAGCACAUAUAACAGAGAAUGUUGAAUUGGCUGAUGAAAAUGUACAAUUGGAAGAGACUAUUGAAAUUGACCCUGAUAUUCGGGGUGAUGAGAGUGGUGUUGAGAAUGAAGGAGAUGGACAGGUGUUGUAUGUAGACCCUAAUAGUCAAGGUGUACUUGUUAAGGGAGUUGAUGGAUCUGAAAAUCUGUUCUAUGUUGUCUUAAAUCAGUCAGAGUAGAGGGAAUCUUUUGAUUUAUUGAACUAAAUAUUCCCAACAAUACAAGUAUGGUAUAGCUCUAUUCACUAUUAUAUAAUUUUCAAUUGUUUUUAUGUCACCACCAAAAUUAUGUGACAUAUUGUUAUGGUCUCUGUUUUUUGACGGCGG